AUGCUCUCUUCUACUUUUGGAAGCUUUAUCGUCGCAGUCCUUUCAGCAUCAUUAGCUGCUGGGGCUGCUGUGCCUAGCAAGGUCGGAACGGUAGAGUUCAAGCAAACCACCAACAAGCGCUUUACUGGCCGCAACGGACCUCUUGCCCUUGCUCGUGCAUACGAAAAGUAUGGUCAGCCCGUUUCACCAGAGCUGAAGGCUGCCGCUGAAAAAGCAGCUGCCAAUGGGGCUAAGAAACGGGCUACCGGGACUGCAGUGGCAAACUCAGAUCAAGGUGAUCUCGAAUAUCUUGUGCAGGUGUCCAUCGGAACGCCAGCGCAGAAUUUGAACCUCGACUUUGAUACGGGCAGUUCAGAUCUCUGGGUCUUUUCAAGCGAGACUCCAAACCCAGGUAACCACAACCUGUACCAGCCGGGACAGAGCAGCACCUCACAGCUCGCAAAUGGUGAGACUUGGAGCAUUACCUACGCAGACCAGUCCAGCUCCUCAGGAGACGUUUAUUUUGACACUGUGACCGUUGGAGGCCUCACUGUUACCAACCAGGCAGUCGAGUCUGCACAGCAAGUUUCUUCACAGUUUGCUAAUGGUGACUCGGAUGGACUUCUCGGCCUGGCCUUCAGCUCUCUCAACACGGUCAGCCCUGAUAAGCAGAAAACUUGGUUUGACAAUGUUACUCCUCAGUUGGACUCUCCUCUUUUCACCGCAGACCUCAAACACAAUGCACCUGGCAGCUAUGUCUUUGGUGGAAUCCCAGGUGGCGCCAGCAACAUCAAUUACACGCCUGUGGACAACAGCCAGGGAUUCUGGGGCUUCAGUACCUCGAUCUCCGGGACUUCCAUUAAUGGAAUUGCCGAUACUGGCACUACCUUGCUCCUGCUGGACGACUCUUUAGUCAAUGCGUACUACCAACAGGUAUCUGGAGCACAGAAUGACUCUUCUCAGGGUGGCUGGGUUUUCCCCUGCUCUGCAAACCUGCCCAACUUGUCUUUUACCGUUGGUAGCGGCCAGAUCACCAUUCCUGGUAAUCUACUCAACUACGCUGCCCAAGGCAACAGUUGCUUCGGUGGUAUUCAGUCUAGUGGUGGUAUUGGAUUGUCUAUCUUCGGAGACAUUGCACUAAAGGCUGCUUAUGUUGUCUUUGAUGCGGGCCAGAUGCAACUUGGUUGGGCUCAGAAGUAA